AUAGGGGUCAUUUGUUAAACAAUGAGAAAACAGUGGCAUUUGAGCAACCUACCGAAAAUUUUGGGACUAUUUUGCGAUUCCGAAAAAAUGAGAUUUCGUGUUAUAUAAACCCUUCUCUUCCAGCGUUCGUCGCAGCUAGGGUUUCGCUCAUCUCCGCAUUUUGCCAGAAGCUCCGCAGACUCGAGCAACAAUGGUGGCCACCAAGAAAACCAAGAAGACCCACGAGAGCAUCAACAACAGGCUCGCUCUGGUGAUGAAGAGCGGAAAGUACACGCUCGGUUACAAGACCGUGCUCAAAACUCUGCGAAACUCCAAAGGUAAGCUGAUUCUCAUCUCAAACAACUGCCCGCCCUUGAGGAAAUCGGAGAUCGAGUACUAUGCUAUGCUUGCAAAAGUUGGGGUUCACCACUACAAUGGAAAUAAUGUCGACUUGGGGACAGCUUGCGGAAAGUACUUCCGUGUAUCUUGCCUCAGCAUUGUUGAUCCAGGUGACUCGGACAUCAUCAAGUCUUUGCCUGUUGUAGAACGGAAGUUUGGUGUUGGAUUCAAUGUGUUUUGUUUCCGUAGGGCAGUAAGUUGGGAUUUGUGGUUGAGAACGAAGGGCAUUGGUGACUUGUUGGGGAUGAGUAGUGUUUUCAGUGAACAGAUCCUUGGCGAUAAGCUUUCGAAGCUCAACAGCACUCAGCAAUGCAUUGAAACUUUGUCACACUGGUGCAUCUUUCACCGUAGUAAAGCCGAACAAGUUGUUGCCACAUGGGACAAGCAAUUCCAUAUCUUGGAUAUGGCCCAUAAAGUGCCUCUUUUGUACCUUGCAAAUGAUAUUUUGCAAAACAGUAAGCGUAAAGGAAAUGAAUUUGUGACCGAGUUUUGGAAGGUUCUUCCAUUGGCACUUAAGGAGGUCAUUAGCAAAGGGGACGAGCGUGGAAAAAAUGUGGUGUCCAGAUUGGUGGGAAUAUGGGAAGAAAGGAAAGUUUUUGGUUCUCGUGCUCAAAGCCUUAAAGAUGUGAUGCUUGGAGAUGAAUUGCCUCCACCUUUGGAGCUGAGGAAGAAACGUUCUCGUUCGGUCAGAAUAGUAAAAAAGGAUUCUCGAUCCAUAAAAACGAAACUGAGCAUCGGUGGCAUGGCAGAGAAAAUAGUUUCGGCUUUUCACUCAGUGGUCAGUGAUCAUACUAUUGAAGAUGAGCAAAUGAGUAAAUGCAAGUCCGCAGUCCAUCGCGUGAAAAAGAUGGAGAAAGAUGUUGAUGUGGCAUUAACAAAAGUGAAAGAUCCAUCACGUAAAACCCUAUCCAAAGAGUUGGAAGAGGAAGAAAAUCUUCUAAAACAAUGCAUUGAGAAGCUUAAAGAUGUUGAAUCAAAUAGAGUUGCACUCGUGUCUCAGUUGCGAGAUGCUCUUCGUGAGCAGGAAUCCGAAUUGGAGAAUCUUCGGACCCAGAUGCAGGUAGCACAGGCACAAGUAGAAGAAGUUGCUGACAUGCGCACACGUUUGGAUGACGAAGAUCAUACGUUCGACCCAAAGCCACCAACAACUGCAUCAGUAAACGGCAAAACCGAUCACCAAACGUCCAAAAAAUCGGCUGCCGCAAUUGCCGCCGAAGUUGCCGACAAACUCACUGCUUCCACCUCAUCCCAAUACAUAAUGACGUCCGUCCUCUCCACUUUCGCUGCCGAGGAGGCCCAAAAUGCCGGGUUCACCACAUCAAAGCCCGAAAACCACCAUGGGCCUGUAAUGGGCCCUGGAGUCUUCACCAACCCCCCACAGAAUAACAACAACCCAUACCAAUCGGUCAUGGUGGGCCCACCACCAUCGGCCCAAAUCUCCGGAUCGCAGGCCCACUACCAUUCUAUUCCCAAUCCUUCUUCUUCUCUGCAGUAUGUGCAGCAGCCAUCUGGCAGCAUGACGGGCCCGUACGAGUACAAUGGGCUUGGGCCCUUGCCACCUCAUCCGGGCCCUCCUUCUUACAUGGUCAGCCCGAUGGUGUCUCUGGUGCAGCAGCCACAGCCCGCGAUGACUCAGCAGCAGAUGAUGCCCAUGGGCCACCAACCGCCGGGGCCCACUAGUUUUAGGCCUCUAACACCGAAUAUUCAAGCGCCUGGGAAUGGAAUAGUGUAUUAUACACAACCUUAUGGGUCACAGUAGCAGAAAAAGUCUUAAAGUCAAUUGAUCUGUGGUAAUUUCUUGUAAGCAGACGUUUUCUUGUGAGCAUGAAUUUUGUUUUGGCAUGACUUAGUAGACGAGAUCAAUGUUUUAGUGGCUACUGGACUAGUCAAAACAGUUGUGUGUGCUUUUUCUGGAGCAUCGUAUUUAUAAUUUAUUAGGGAAUGAUUAUUUUUUUUAGAAGAAACUAUGUAUUUUAAGGGUAGAACAGUGAACUGUUUUUGUUUGUUGCUAUGGAUACCGUACUGUUUUUGUUUGUUGCUAUGGAUACCGU